AUGACCAGCGAGUUGCUGGGUACAUCAAGGGCUAUGUUCGUCGGUUCUGGCAGCACCGAUCAUCGUGGAACUCCAGAUGCACCAGGUCGCGUGGUUACAGUUAUCGAGCGUUCAUUCUGGGAGUCCUUGUCCGACCCGCAACGCGACCUAGAGCAGACCGCAGAUGGCUCCCUGGUAUGGGGAGCAGCAUACCACAUCCCCGCCUCACACGCUGAAGAACGAGGAUCCACGGCCGAGUCAGUCGCCGAUAUUCAGCCAAUAAAAUGCCUGGUCUAUAUUGGGCUGCCAACCAAUACUCAGUUCCUCCGUGAGCCGGCCCUGCGUGAGCCUGAUGCCGUCGCGAAGGUGAUUUAUGCAGGCCGAGGCCAGAGUGGGGAGAACAAGGAUUAUCUCUAUUCCCUUGAGACAGCUCUCGAGGGGCUCGGUCUGGGCUCCUCGGAUAUUCACAUCACCGAUCUAGUACGCCGAGUGAAGGAGAUGGAGAGAAGCUGA